UUACUAUCUCCCCCUCCUCUUUUCUAGACAUCAUCAGUUCUUCAGAACUGAUUCUACCUUAUUCUAAUCACGCUCUCUUCUUGGGGUUCAGUGACUUCCAGGAAUCUGAACAGUGUACCAGAUCGCCGCCAAUUCGAAUUCCUACUGUAUUACCGUCCGAUCUUCAUUGCCUGACUGUCCCCCGUCUAGGAUGAUCGCAUCAAUCCCGCCUGCGCAGUGCGACAGCUAAGCUUGCUUUCGCCUCUUAAGUCGCCGACCGCAAUGGCCGACGACAAUGCAGGCGACCGUCGUGAUAGACCCUGGCAGUUUCCAUUGAACCGUAAGCUGCGACAUCUCCAGAGCAUCUCCGUCCGCAACCUCGUCGUCACACCACCCUCCAAACCUCGCGGAAAAACCAUUGAUGACGAAGAUGUCCCCAAUUCCCUGCAGUCGCCUUUCAAGGUUCCUAUCGCCGAUGUGAACGACUCGCUGCACCCUUCACGGUCCUUCACCGAUCUCAAGUCGUCGGCAACCACCAACUAUCGUCACGGAAACCAUGAGCCGGCCGCAGCAGCAGCAGCAGCAGCACCUCCAAUGCGGCAAUGGCAUCGAAGGAACACCAUGCCAUGGAGCGCCCCUAAUCCUCGCGCGCGACAGACCAAACUGGAAGAGAUCACAAGCAGUCGCAUGGCCGACACCUGGUUCUCCCUCCACUGCGACGGGAUCGAGGAGCCGGUCUACAUCAGCGAGCCCGUGGAGCAUGCUACCAACCCCAGCUUCCGCUCCUUCGAUCUCAACAUGUGCGGGCCGUCAGUGUCUCGUCGGGAUCAUCUGGUCGUGAAGCUUUGGGCCAAGACCCGCGCAAUGGGUGAUUAUGUGCUGCUGGUGGAGCUGCGAUUGUGUUUGCAAUCUCUACAAUUCUUGGGCAAGUCGCUGGAUACUUUCCACCAGCCACUGCCGGCCAACUCCAUCCUCUUCCACUUUGCAGACGGUGUGUACACGAACCUGACGGAUCUCCCACCGGUCCUGGCCGCUGCGCCCCUGCACCACCCCAGAGCGGCGGAUGGCGCUGCCGUCUCCACCUCUUCGUACGAGGCGCUGAUGAAACUGGCCAACCUGGACGAGUGCAUCCAAGACGCGCUAACGACUCGGGAUCGCAUUGAGGCGCAGAUCAAUUCCAUCAUUGAGCGGGACCAGCGUGAGGUGACUGCCCCGGGUAAUCUCUCGCAGGCCCGUAACAAACUCGCCCUCACGAAACAUGCCAUUGCUACUGAGCGCAAGCGUCUUCACAGUGCCGCAAGACGCAAGGAGGAUUUGGUACAUAGUAUCAAGGUCCGAAGGGACGCUAUGGCGCAUGGGCGUGAUAGCCAAGCCAAUUCGCAGAGCCACCUUCCCGACGCGCAGUCCAAGCUGCGCUCCAGUGCCAGGCUCUUAGAGAAGAACACCGAGGACUCCAAGGGCCAGAUCCGGCGCAUCUCGGAGGACUUGUUGGCGAUUUACCCGAUCGAGCCCAUUCCAGACCAGCCACUUGCGUUCACGAUCGCUGGUCUGCCAUUACCCAACUCGAACUUCACCGACGUCGACCGCGACGAGGUGGCGGCGGCCCUGGGAUACACCGCCCACCUGGUCUAUCUGCUAUCCUUCUAUCUUUCCACUCCCAUCCCGUACCCGAUCAAUCCGUAUCUCUCCCGGUCGUUCAUUCAGGACCCGGUGUCUGUAUCGCUCCCCCAGAGGACGUUCCCGCUUCACCCGGCCAGCGUGCAAUACCGGUUCGAAUACGGGGUGUUUCUGCUGAACAAGGACAUUGAGUUCUUGCUGAACCGGCAGGGGCUCCGUGUUCUGGACAUCCGACAUACGCUGCCAAACCUCAAAUUUCUGCUCUACAUGCUCACGGCCAGCACGGGGGAGAUUCCAGCUCGAAAGGCCGGGGGCAUCCGUGGGCUUCUCCCGGGCCGGCUGACUCCCAGUCUGUCUCGACGUGGCAGCGAGGAGAGUGUGGCAACUCGCGAAACGGUAGUCUCUCGCAAGCCGACGGGCCCCGCGGCUUCGCAGAUGAAUGGGGGCUUGAUGGUUUCUAACUUGCCCAGCACAGUCACGGCUUCUUCGGUUGCCUGA